UCCACGUUCACCUGGACCCAUCAGAACCCACCUGGGUCGAUCUGGACCCACCUGGAUCUGACUGACUGAAGAUUUCUUAAGUCUGGUCUCAAGCAGGAAGUGAAGCAGCAGCAGACAUGGGCAGUAAGGAGCGGUACCACUGGCAGGCCCAGAAUGUGAAAGUGAGCGGUGUGGACGACAUGGUGUUGCUGUCCAAGAUCAACGAGGACGCCAUCACGGACAACCUGAAGAAGAGAUACAUGGACGACUACAUCUUUACUUAUAUUGGUCCAGUUCUGAUUUCAGUGAACCCCUUUAAACAGCUGCCAUACUUCACUGACAGAGAAGUCGAGUUGUACCAGGGAGCGGCUCAGUAUGAGAACCCACCUCACAUCUACGCUCUGGCUGACAACAUGUACAGAAAUAUGAUGAUUGACAACGAGAAUCAGUGUGUCAUUAUCAGUGGUGAGAGUGGAGCUGGAAAAACUGUCGCUGCCAAAUACAUCAUGAGCUACGUGUCCAAAGUUUCAGGAGGAGGUGAAAAGGUUCAGCACGUUAAAGACAUCAUCCUGCAGUCCAACCCACUGCUGGAAGCUUUCGGAAAUGCCAAGACAGUCCGCAACAACAACUCCAGCAGAUUUGGAAAAUACUUUGAGAUCCAGUUCAGUCGAGGAGGAGCUCCAGAUGGAGGAAAGAUCUCCAACUUCCUGCUGGAGAAGAGUCGAGUCGUCAGCCAAAACCAAGGAGAGAGAAACUUCCACAUCUACUACCAGUUGCUGGGCGGAGCCAGUGCAGAGCAGAGGGAGAACCUUGGCGUCACCACACCUGACUACUACCUAUACCUGAACCAAUCAGGAACUUACACUGUGGAGGAUGUCAAUGACAAAAAGGAGUUUUCAGAUACGAUGGGGGCGAUGUCGGUUGUGGGUCUGUCUUUGGACGAUCAGGACUCGGUUCUUCAGCUUGUCGCAGGAAUUCUUCAUCUUGGAAACAUCAGCUUCAGAGAAGAGAACAACUACGCUGUGGUGGAGAGUCAGGACUUCCUUGCCUUCCCAUCCUACCUGCUGGGGAUCUCUCCGGACGGUCUCUGCAGUAAACUCACCAGCAGGAUCAUGGACAGUAAGUGGGGUGGGAAGACCGAGUCCAUCUCUGUCACCCUGAACACGGAACAAGCCACCUUCUCCAGAGACGCCCUGUCCAAAGCUCUGUACGCCCGUCUCUUUGACUUCUUGGUCGAUAGUAUUAAUAAAGCCAUGCAGAAGAAGCAGGAGGAGCUCAACAUUGGAGUCCUGGACAUCUAUGGCUUUGAGAUCUUCCAGCAAAACGGCUUUGAGCAGUUCUGCAUCAACUUUGUGAACGAGAAGCUGCAGCAGAUUUUUAUUGAACUCACUCUGAAGGCUGAACAGGAAGAAUAUGUUCAGGAAGGAAUCAAAUGGACUCCGAUUGAGUAUUUUAACAACAAGGUGGUCUGUGACCUCAUUGAGUCCAAACUGAGUCCUCCUGGGAUCAUGAGCAUCCUGGAUGACGUGUGCGCUACCAUGCACGCCAAAGGUGAGGGGGCGGACCAGACCCUGCUGCAGAAACUGCAGGGACAGAUCGGAACCCACGAGCACUUCAGCAGCUGGAACAGAGGCUUCAUUGUCCACCACUACGCUGGCAAGGUGUCGUAUGAUGUGGGCGGGUUCUGUGAGCGGAACAGAGACGUGUUGUUUAAUGACAUCAUUGAGCUGAUGCAGAGCAGCGAGUUUCCGUUCAUCAGGGCUCUUUUCCCGGAAAACCUGGAGGCAGAGAAAAGAGGACGACCAACCACUGCGAGCAGUAAAAUCAAGAAACAGGCCAACAGUCUGGUCCAGACCCUGAUGAAGUGCACCCCCCACUACAUCCGCUGCAUUAAACCCAAUGAGACCAAAAAGCCCCGGGACUGGGAGGAGAACCGGGUCAGACACCAAGUAGAGUACCUGGGUCUCAGAGAGAACAUCAGAGUCCGCCGCGCUGGGUACGCCUACCGACGAAUCUUCAACAAGUUCCUGCACAGGUAUGCCAUCCUGACCAAGGAGACCUGGCCUCAGUGGAGGGGUGAAGAGCGUCAGGGAGUCCUACACCUUCUCCGCUCCGUCAACAUGGACCAGGAUCAGUUCCAGCUGGGAAAAAACAAAAUCUUCAUCAAAGCUCCUGAGUCGCUUUUCCUGUUGGAGGAGAUGAGGGAGAGGAAGUUUAAUGGCUACGCUCGUGUCAUCCAGAAGGCCUGGCGCAAACACAUCGCUGUCCGCAAAUACGUCAAGAUGAGAGAGGAAGCCUCUGAUGUCCUGCUGAACAAGAAAGAACGACGCAGAAACAGCAUCAACAGGAACUUUGUGGGCGACUACAUCGGGACGGACAACCACCCCGAGAUUAGGCAGUUCAUUGGACGCAGAGAGAGGAUCGACUUCGCUGAUGUUGUCCUGAAAUUUGACCGAAGAUUUAGGACGGUGAAACGGGACCUCAUCCUGACACCAAAGUUCCUGUACAUGAUUGGUCGAGAGAAGGUGAAGCAGGGUCCAGAUAAAGGUCAGAUCCAGGAGGUUCUGAAGAGAAAGAUUGAAGUCAACAAGGUCCAGUCUGUUUCCUUAAGUACCCUGCAGGAUGAUAUCUUCAUCAUCCACGAGGCGGAGUACGACAGCGUUCUUCAGAGCAUCUUUAAGACCGAGUUCCUCAGUCUGCUGGUGAAACGUUUCCAGGAACGAACCGACAAGAAGCUGCCUCUCAAAUUCAACAACCUUCUGGAGUUUAAGGUGAAGAAGGGUGGCUGGGGUCCAUUCAGCUCUUCUGGCUUCAGGCAAAUCCAGUUCCAGGUGGGUCAGGGAGAUGAAGCAGUACUGAAGCCCAGUGGGAAAGUCCUGCAAGUCUCCAUCGGACCAGGUCUUCCCAAAAAUUCUAGACCAACAAGGAAAGACAAACGUAAGAGCCAAUACAUGGGCAACCGGGCUCCGCCCACUAAGCAGAACAACUCAGCAGCACCUUUCAGAGGCGGCAGUGCACAUCGAGGCCAGCAGACUUCCUCCAGACAAUCCCUGCUCAGAAAGCAGACCACCAUGGAGCAGCCCACCCUGCCCCGUCUACAGAACCAGCAUCGCUCUGGACGCCAGUCUGCCCAGAACCAAGACAUGGGCUUUAUGAAGGUCCCAGAUCAGGGUGCUGCAGGACCCCUCUGGAUGGUGGUUCGGACGUUUGAGGGGAAAAGAAGGGAUGUUUCCUGGAAACUACGUGGAGAAAAUCUAGAUGUGGUGUUGAAGGGUCAGAGGUCAUCCACCUGACUCUGCAGCUGGAGGGGGCGGGGCUAAGGGUCUCUGAAGACAAAUAUUUAAACAGCUCACUCUGUCUGAGUGACAGCUGUCAGUCAUUCAGGUCAUAUGGACAGGAUGUGUUUCCAUCAGUGUUAACAUGUAGACUCACAAUAACACAAUGUACAGUUGUGACAGCGCCCCCUUCAGGCUGCUUUCAGAACAUUCCUCAGAUUAAACUAACCUAAACUUUAGUUUAGUUUAACUAAACUAAAGUAAAGUAAA